CAUCAACUUAGCCUAACUCGCACACGUCCUUAGCAUAGUCUGUAUUUAAAUAAAUUAUUGCCUAAGCGUGUUUUUAUGCUCAUACAUUUACUAUUGGAUACUGAUGGAUAUAAGUUUGCAUUAAACGUGGAUAAAAAUAUUGUUAACAAAUUUUAAAAAGUGUAGAAAUGCAACCCUUAGUUGGAGCACUUGGUAGCACUUCAAGCAAAACAAAACGUUUGACAUUUGCAAUAACAACAAACGAAGAGCUGGAAUUAAGAUGGCGCGUAAUGCGGAAAAGGCUAUGACAACAUUAGCACGCUGGCGAGCGGCAAAAGAAGCAGAAUCAGGUGAGAAAGAUCGGCGACCGUAUUUGGCAUCUGAAUGCACGGAUCUACCAAAAUGUGAGAAAUAUCGUUUGGAAAUAAUACGUGAGAUUUCCAAAAAAGUAUCACAAAUACAAAAUGCUGGUCUCGGUGAAUUUCGCAUAAGGGACUUAAAUGAUGAAAUUAAUAAAUUAUUGCGUGAGAAACGACACUGGGAAAAUCAAAUAUCCGCUUUAGGCGGUCCGCAUUAUAGACGUUAUGGCCCAAAAAUGUUUGAUGCAGAAGGCAGAGAAGUGCCGGGUAAUCGUGGAUAUAAAUAUUUUGGUGCAGCUAAAGAUUUACCUGGUGUUCGAGAAUUGUUUGAACAAGAGCCGCCACCACCUCAGCGCAAAACUCGUACUGAGCUCAUGAAGGAUAUUGAUGCUGAAUAUUAUGGAUAUCGGGAUGAUGAUGAUGGCAUACUUAUACCAUUAGAAGAGCGAAUAGAACGUGCAGCUAUUCAAGAUGCACUUAAGGAAUGGAAAGAAAAAAUGGCACGAGAUGGUCGUAUAAUAGAUGAUAAUGAGGAUGAUGAUAAUAUAUAUCCAAUAUCUGGACCUGCUAGAGAAGCUGCUGCAGCUAAACGUAAUGACGAAAAGGACGUGCAAAAUGAUCCAAUGGAAUUGUUGGCACCUCGUUUUACAGCACAUGUGCCUGUGCCGACGCAAAAAGAUAUUGAAGAAGCACUUCUAAAGAAACGCAAAGAAGAAUUAUUAAAGAAAUAUGCUGGGGGUGGAAAUUUGGAUUAAGUUUUGUUAAUAAAAGCAAAAACGAGACAUAAUGAUUUUACCAAUUAUUUAUAUUUACAAACAGGUUUAGGAUCAACCUCAAUAUAUCAAUACAAGAGGUGUUCAAUUGGUAUUCCAUAUUAGUCUAAAGAGCAUGUUAGUCAUGAGAACGUGUAUUUCAAUUUGGUCCAACAAUUUUGUAAUUUAAAAUU